AUGGAGGGGGUCGACGGCGGGUUUUCGCCCGAGGGAAGCUUUGCUGUCUCCGCUCCGCCUCAAACUGAGAAGGAAGGCACACCGUCCACCACUGCCUCUCAGCUGUCGGUCUGUUCUCCCUCGACUUUUUCCUUCUGUUCUUUGUGUCCUGCGAUGGAAGAGAGGAUGAAGGCGUUCUUGGCGAAGCAUCGCGUCGACGACUUUUCUCUUGUUCGCGUAGCUUCUUGCUACUACGACCUCACUUUACAGCAGAGAAUCGAUUUGCUGAAGGCGCCCUCGACCUACCACUUAUGCAAAACCGUCGUCAUGGAAAACACUCGACACACAGGUGUAGAUGACAAGCUGAACAGCAAAUACUACAUGAUUGUUGUCCAGUACCAGAGGAAGGUCAACGGCGAACGCGUGAAGGACUUAGUCAAGCAGCUCAAUGCGGAACGCGGCCUGAAACUGGGGAACAAGAAGUUGAAUUUCAAUUUCUGCAAAACGAGCGAAGAACUGACAGGCUUUGUCUACAACGCCGUGACGCCCUUUGCCUCGAAGACAGACAUCCCCGUCAUUGUCGAUUCACCGAUUCUCGAGCUCGAUCCUCCUUUGGUGUGGCUCGGAGGCGGCGAAGUCGAUCUAAAACUCAGAGUGUCUGUCGCCGACCUCCUCCGCGUCUUUGACCCUCUCGUCGGGUCUGUUUGCUUCGAACAGGAAGCGACGACGAAUGAAGGAAACUGA